GUGUCCGGGUAACUGGGUGUCGUGUCCUCACACUACUUCCGGGUGUGACUAUCGCGGCUCCCAGCGGUCCAUUACCACCCACCUGACGACCUGUACUUACAAGGACCACGGAGUGUCUCGGCCGCCCAUCGUUGAGGGAGAAAUUACACACCUCGAGAUUCCCAGGACGCAUACGGCCCUCGGCAUCACCAUCGUCGGCGGGUCAGACACGCCCUUGCGUUGUGUGGUGGUCCAGGAGGUGUUCCCGGAUGGGUUAGUGGCCCAGGAUGGCCGCCUACAGCCCGGUGACCAGAUUAUUGAGGUAGACGGUGUGGACAUGACCUCGGCCACUCACCAGGUGGUGUGCCAGGCGCUGAGGCGGCCCCAGACUGUGCUCAGGCUCGGGGUGUAUAGGGAGAGGAUUGAGGCACAGAGAACCUUGUCGUCUACCACCCCUCCAGCUCCCCCAGCUACCACACACGUCCCCCAGCCAGGUGAGGCGAUGAUGGUGACGCUGCAGAAGGAGAGCAGCAGACAGUUGGGUCUGAAGUUGGGAGGGCGCCGCACCGAGCCUGGCAUCUUCGUCAUGGAGGUGCUGGAGGGCUCUGUGGCUGCUCAGGAUGGCCGCCUCCACCCACACGACCGUAUCCUGGCCAUCAACGGUGCCGACGUGCGUUAUGCCCGCCUUGACCACGCCUCUCGCCUCAUACAGCAGACCCGCCACCACGUGAGUCUGGUGGUAAGUCGUGGAGCCGCUACCAGUGUGGUGGACUCGUCAGGUCCCCCACCAGAGUACCAGCACCUCUUCCGCCGUCCUGAUCCGUCUCUUCCCGUUCAUCACUGGCGCACCAAGUCGGCUCCUGACCGUCUCGUUCCUCGCCUCGACUGUCACGGCAAGGACAUCAACAAGAGCUUAGGGGAUGUGACCGAUGGCUUAGAGGACGACAUUGGUGGCAGCGUUGAUGACGUGGGUCUCUCUGCCUCGUGCGAAUCUCUAGACGACCGUGGUUCAGUGACUCGGAGGGAAGGGUCACUGCUCCACUCGAACGGGUCACUCAGUACACCCGGAGAACCCUACAGUGGGUCACUUGGUUCCCUGAAUGGCGUCAACACACAUUACCAAAGCAACGGAUCACUUGGAUCGAUGGGUAUACCACUUAACCAAAGUUCUGGCAGUUUGGCAUCAUCAGCAGUGAGGGGAGGAGGACCCACCACGGUGGAGGAGGAAGGUGGGCCGCCAGCGCUGCCACCACGCCACCGUCACGCACUGGCAAGAACCCGCUCCAGCGACCAACUCGACCCACCAGACAACGCCAGUGACAGCCUGCGUGAGAAACUGAAAGAAACACCGAAUUUGGAUGUUUCAGUGCAGAGCGUCGGGUCGGCCCUGUCUGGGGGAGGCCCGGGUGUGGAUACUGCUGACGGGUCUACCAGCAGUCGUAUGAGAGGUCGUCGAUCAAGGGACUCCAGCGACAUGUCUGACUUGGUGCAUGGUUUCCGGCGGUCACUACGCAUCGAGAGCACCCAACUCCACCAGAAGACUGUCACCAUCUCCAAAGGCGGGAAUGAGAGCCUGGGCAUGAGGAUAGGCGGCGGUGUGGGUAGCAACGAGGGCGAUACUCCCAUCUACAUAGCCAACAUCAACCCUCAGGGCCCCGUCGGCAAGUCGAAACAGGUCAAGAAGGGCGACGUGUUGCUGUCAGUGAAUGGACAGUCGCUAUUGGGGCUGACCCACGGACAGGCAGUAGCACUGCUGAAGGCCACUGCGGAGCUGGCGGGAGUCACACUUUCCCUGCUGGAUGGUCCUGAGACGUCGCUGGGCUCAGCCAAUUUUGUGCCAUCUUGGUUGUACUGGCAAAAGUUGCCACGUUCCUUGCAUGUAUCUAAGAGCGUUGUGCUUCACCGGGCUCCUGGUGCUUCCCUUGGCUUCAGCAUAGUUGGUGGGUCUGACCCCCAGCGUGGUGCUGAACCCAUCCACGUCCUCUUCGUGGUUCAGUCGUCCCCAGCUGCUAUAGAUGGUAAGCUGCGUUGUGGCGAUAGACUUCUUUCCGUCGAUGGUCACUCACUGGAACAGGUGCGCCACGCCUCAGCUGUCAGUCUCUUGAAGCAAGCUGGACAGAGAGUACAUCUGGAGGUGGUGUCUUGGCUGGGCACAGAGUUGUAAAUUAUUAAUUAAAAUCUUACCAUCCUCAAGCUUGCUGAAUAUACUGCACAACUUAAUGACACUUUAGUUUCUCACUGCUGCAGCCUCUUUAUUUCCCUGUCUCAGGAGAACAGUUUGUCCAACAGGAGGCCAAGUGGUAGAGUGUCGUGGUGUUGUGUCAGCCAGUCCUCAGGUGCUUGACGGCGGGUGAGUGAGGUAGGCGUCAGGACCGCAGCAGGGAGCCACCAGCUGCUACAGGGAUUAUUUAGUGCCUUCUGGAUAACACCAACACUUGUUAGUAGAUAACUGUCGUCUUUAGUGAGGAAUAUUCCCACUAUCCUUCAACUACAGUAGCUGUGAUGUCAUAUAGGGUUCCUCUCCAAGAAGAACUAGUCCUAUUUGUCUUAGGGGCCAAAGGUGACGGGAAGUAGACUAAGUUAAUUUAGCCAACAGUUAUAGAAUGUAAACAUCUUCUCUAUAAAUAAUAAUAAGAGAAAUUAAAACCGUAAAGGAAACGGAGAAACUCCAUACUGACGCGCCCUAAGUUAAUGAUUCUGAUAUAAAGGUUUAGAAUUUUGUUGUUGAUUAUUAGCAGUUUAGUUAAUUGUGGGUGAUUUGUUGUUUGUCCUGUGUGAGGAUAACGUGUUCGUGUGUACGUCCACUAGGCGCCUUGUUAAGUACAGUACUGAAGUCUUUUACUGUACUAGUUGUUACACCUGGCGAGUUGGUAGAGUUCUCUUAGAAAUGGCUAAUAGUAACAAUAGUUUUUGUUUAGAAGUAACAGUAAACUUUUAUUAUUUAUAUUACUAUGCAUAGCCAGUUUGUAGUGAUCUUGUUUUAAACAAGAAUUGUUCCUAACACAUCAAAUGUUCAGUCAUGUAACUGGCCUCACGUGCCAGACCUACCCAGCUUUUGCCUUGACGAGCAUUACCCAUGAGUGGUGGGAGUGUCAUGUGACCUUCCUGCAUGUUGUCUAGCAGUGCCUGUCACUGUUCCUCUUCCCUCUCGUAACUCUUAAUCUUCUGCACAUUGUUACUAGUUGCACAAUGUCUACCUUUUAGAUACUCUCAAUAAUUCGGACGCUACGAUUGCUUGGACAUUACUGUUUGACUGAAAAUUACUGUUUGGCUGAACAUUACUGUUUGGCCGGACAUUACUGUUUGGCCGGACAUUACUCUAUGGCCGGACAUUACCGUUUGGCCGGACAUUACUCUAUGGCCGGACAUUACCGUUUGGCCGGACAUGACUGUUUAGCCGGGCAUGACUGUUUGGCCGGAUUUUAAGUCUAGUAUGGACUCUACGCAUUAUUUGAAUGCCGCACAUGAUGGUGAGGCUGUAUGGUGCGAGGUCUUGAUGCCGCUUCUAAUAAGAACGUUACGCUGUACUCAGACGCCGCCGGCCAGCAGGUUCAACCAGACACGAAAUUGUACACGCAUAAAAUUGAUAUAACACAAAGCUGGUUAAGACAAGAUAGUUAUGGUCCUUAUGUUAGCCAAGUUUAGAGGUUACUAUCCUGGUUAUGUGCAGUCGUAGGCAGGGGUGAGUAUCCUUCACUAGCGUAACACCUUGUAGUAGUGUCCUAAUUAUGUCUAGUAUUUUGAUUUUUUUUGUGGUUAAUAAAAUGUACCUCUAA